UUCUACCGGCAUCCUCUCGGUCUGAUUGGCUCGCUUUGCUCAAUUCCACUGGGAGUCGCAUCCUACCUGGUUGGGAGGUGUACAGCCUUUCCACCUUCUCCUUUCUGUACUCACCAGUCUGCAGCUGAGGUGGGAGGAAAAGUCCUGGCUGGAGAGCUAAGAAGAAAAAGCAAUCCCCAUGGGUUCUUGGAAAGCUCUUCUCUUCUCCCCUUUUCUUCUGUGGAAUCAAAGGAGAGGGGUGAGGUUGAUGUUCCUGUUACUGACCGUGCAUCUGGGAAACUGUGUUGAUAAAGCAGAUGACGAAGAUGAUGAGGACUUAACAGUGAACAAAACUUGGGUCUUGGCACCAAAGAUUCACGAAGGAGAUAUAACACAAAUUCUCAACUCCUUGCUUCAAGGCUAUGACAAUAAACUUCGCCCAGAUAUAGGAGUGAGGCCCACAGUAAUUGAAACUGAUGUUUAUGUAAACAGCAUUGGACCAGUUGAUCCCAUAAAUAUGGAAUACACAAUAGAUAUAAUUUUUGCCCAAACCUGGUUUGAUAGUCGUCUAAAAUUCAAUAGUACCAUGAAAGUGCUCAUGCUUAACAGUAAUAUGGUUGGGAAAAUUUGGAUUCCUGAUACUUUCUUCAGAAACUCAAGAAAAUCUGAUGCUCAUUGGAUAACAACUCCUAACCGUCUUCUUCGAAUAUGGAAUGAUGGACGAGUUCUAUAUACUCUAAGACUGACAAUUAAUGCAGAAUGUUACCUUCAGCUUCAUAACUUUCCUAUGGAUGAACAUUCAUGUCCAUUGGAGUUUUCAAGUUAUGGAUACCCUAAAAAUGAAAUUGAGUAUAAGUGGAAAAAGCCUUCUGUAGAAGUAGCUGAUCCUAAAUACUGGAGAUUAUAUCAGUUUGCAUUUGUAGGUUUACGGAACACAACUGAAAUCUCUCACACAAUCUCUGGGGACUAUAUUAUCAUGACAAUUUUCUUUGACUUGAGCAGACGAAUGGGAUAUUUCACUAUUCAGACGUACAUUCCAUGUAUUCUGACAGUUGUACUUUCUUGGGUAUCUUUUUGGAUCAAUAAAGAUGCAGUACCUGCAAGAACAUCAUUGGGUAUCACAACAGUGCUGACUAUGACAACUCUGAGUACAAUUGCCAGGAAGUCCUUACCUAAGGUUUCUUACGUGACUGCGAUGGAUCUCUUUGUUUCUGUUUGUUUCAUUUUUGUUUUUGCAGCUUUGAUGGAGUAUGGCACCUUGCAUUAUUUUACCAGCAACAAAAAAGUUAAGACUACUAGAGAAAAAAAGCCAAAAAUCAAGACCUCGAUGUCCUCUGGACUCCAUCCUGGAUCCACUCUGAUUCCAAUGAAUAGCCUUUCUCUGCCACAAGGAGAAGAUGAUUAUGGCUACCAGUGUUUGGAGGGCAAAGAUUGUGCCAGCUUCUUCUGUUGCUUUGAAGACUGCAGAACAGGAUCGUGGAGGGAAGGGAGGAUACACAUACGCAUUGCCAAAAUUGAUUCCUAUUCUCGAAUAUUUUUCCCAACAGCUUUUGCCCUGUUCAAUCUGGUUUAUUGGGUUGGCUAUCUUUACUUAUAAAUCCUACUUACUAGGAAAAAUGAAAAAGAAGUCUGACUAAAUCCAACAUCAUCUACUGUCCUUCAAUAUUGCAUGAAGUUUGAAUUCAAAAUGGAGAGAAACCAAUGGUUUAAAUGUGAAUAGUUAUUUUAACUAUUUUAUGGCUUUCAUAGGUAAAUAAAGUAGCAGCUUUCAGUUAAAUGUACUUUAUAUAAAACAGAUUAUUGCAAAAUUCAGCCUAUUAAAAUAGUAUUGCAUAUUUGUACUUUAUUUUUUUUAUUUUUGCAUAUAUUCUGUUAGGAGUUUGAAUUUAUGAGUUCUGUGAUUCAUAUUUUAAAGAUGGAAUAAUUUAUUACAAAUUUUAUUUAAAUUUAACCAAUUGUUUAUAAUGGUAGCCUAAUCUAAUGCCUAAUACUGUGUAAUCUGUUUUUGCCUAGAAAAUAUUAAUUUGAUUUUUUUUUCUUUUUCUUUUUAUGCUUUGUUUGGAAUAGAACUAGUUGAAAACAUUAAACCAUGAUUUCAUUGGGUUGAUUUCUAAGAAGCUUUACUCCUCCUAACAAAUUAAUUUAAAAAUAUUUUUUUUUUAAAGAAGAAAAAGCCAGUUUUUAGCUUAUCUUUAAUCUAGUUCAUUUCCUGAUGAAAUAUUUAGGUUUGGUGGCUUACAAACUAGGAUGGAAACUAUCAAAGACACUUAAAUACAUUUUUUUCUCUGUUUCAUAGCAUUUAUGAAGAACAAAGAGAAUAAUACUGAAAUGUUUAGAUCUACCAAGCUUAAAAUUAAAUGACUUUUUCUUACCCUUAUACAAAAGUGUUAUAUUCCUUAAAUUAACAACAACAACAAACAUUGAGGAACAGGGCUUGUAUUUACUCAUGGGGCUAAAGAAUAUUAUCCAGCAAAUUGAUAUGAAAUUCAAUUUGAGGAUAUUGUCUUAAGUACAUGCUAUUAACAUUUUUCAGACCAGUAAUAGUCUGGAAACACAGUUUCAGGCCUGUGUUGCAUAUCGUCUUUUCCAGUUCCUAAAUUUCAACUUGGUCAGGUUUAUGAGUUUGUUAUAAAUUGUAAUGACAUUCUCUUCUUUAGAAAAUGUGAGCAGGCACAGAAAUUAUAUUAAAGGUGAAAUUCUGUUAGAGGUACCUCUAAUGAAAAUGAGUGUAUGGAACUCUCGAUUCUGAGAGACAGGAACAAAAAUAAUCUUACUAUAGUUUAGAGCCUGUUGGUUAAUAGCUUCCGAAUGUCUGUUUUGUUAAGAGGCGAGUUAAACUCAGGCUUUAAUUAUUAUAUUCCUAUAACUAGUUUGGCAUAUCAAUUAUUUAUAAGAACUCCCUAUUCAUUCACCAUCACCUAAUCAUUUGGAAAAUCACCAGGGUGAUCUUGAGGGUAGCCUUUAAAAAUUGUUUCCAUUGUCAACAGCAACUAUCAGGACAAAGAGUUUUAUGGUCCUGACCCAUCUUAUGGUAUGUGGAGGAAGCUGUCCCUUGUGCACUUGACACCACGUGGUUAGUGAAUACAUGAGUAUGCUCUGGCAUGGUAUUACUUAGGUUUUUAGAAUAUAUAGGGGUUUUUUCAGUCUAGUAUAUUUCAUUUUGCAUCAACAACCUACAUCUGAAUUUUUUCACUUUGCUUAUAAAUCUUGGGGAAAAGUAAUAAUGAAUUAAGUGAUAUUGCCCAAAUAUCCACCGACACUGCUUUUUUUGAAUGGAGAGCCAAAUUAAACUUUGGCCAUGUAUAUAUUCACUUACAAAGUGCUUAUGCUUUCAUUUUUAUAACAUUGCAUAUUGACGGAUAUUCUUAAAGUAAACAUUCAUUUAAAGAUAAAUGAAAAAUGAAGUAUCAAUGAAGAAUAAAUCAUUUCACUAAAAUGUAUUAUGGGUAUUUCCAUGUUUUAAGCUCCGGCCUGCUCAUUAUCAUGGGGUAGUUUUAAUUCUGGUAUUCUUUCAAGUCUAUCUGAGCGUGACCAUACUUCAAAAUUCUUAAAAAUUAAUUUGAACAACUUUGCUUUUCUCACUGUGUUGCAUUAACUCAACUUUACUAUUAACAAUUUCACAUUGUGAAUAAGAGAAAAUAAAAUAUGAUAAAAGUUAGAUAAAAAUAUGACAGAUGUUUUUCUACAUACAUUCAUUGUAUAUACCAUUAAGACAUGUGAUUUGUUUUCAAAGCCAGUGGUAUUCUGAACAGUCCUAUUUAAACAUGCAGAUCAGAAGAGGAAGUGUGUACAAAUUUUAUUCGUUCUAAAAAUGAGAGUGAAAAGAAGAUGCAAUUAGAUUAUUUUUAUAAGAAAUCAAAUAGAUCUUACUUUAAAAGGAAAUGCAGUCUAAUCCCUGUUUCUCUCUUCUUUCAAGUAUUAGUUUUAUUAUCUUAAGAAAGAAUUCUUAAAAAAAAAAAAUUCCUCCUCUUUCUCCAGGUGAGUUCCAUCUUGAUUUUAUUAGAUUCACUGGUACUUGUGUUUUCUGACUGCUUAAAUAUACACCAAAUAACAUAUACCAAAAAAAAAAAAAAAA